GCUCCGUGGUCCGGAUUCCGGGGUGGAGGACAGUCGCUUCUCUCGGAGGACCUGAAAACUCCUGGUAGCCACAGGUGCCACGUGGGGUGUCCUGGGAAAGUCACCAGUCAGCAGCGCAGCGGCGGGAACCGCAGCCCGGCGGCCCUGGAACCUCCCAGGUCAGAGGAGCUGCGGGGCUGGGACCUGCGGGAAUGGAGCAGGGGUGUGCUCGCUGAUGCUGCUCUUAAGGACGCCGUUCUCACAAUUCUCUCGCUGAUACCUUACCAUUGUCGGGAAGUUUGAGAUCCUAUUAACUGGGACUUAAUCAUGAAUUUUUCAUUUAUCUUAUGAUUGUAUAGUAUUUUCACAAAGUAACCUGGUAGAGCUUUAUGCUUGCAUUAUGUGCUGUCUGCAAACACCGUUCUUUUUUCUAUUUACAAAGCUCCUGGAUUUAAAUUCAUGCAUGCUUUCCCUGGGACUAGGCAUCCAGAGAGCUUUGUAGAUAUUGGCCACUUGAGGAACCAGUGCAGAUUUGAUUGAAUCAGAAAAUACACAGUGACAGGACAAGACAGUGCAGGGGUUCCUCCAUCUUGUAUUCUUUCUGAGGCUGUUUCCAGGGUUAACUAGAGUCUGAUUUCCUUGAUGGAGAAUCCCAUGGAAAAAUACCCAACUCUGUUCUAGAAACCAAAGGCCAGGAUGCCCUAGCUAAUCUAUCUUACUUAGCCUUUGUUAAAACUGCUUUUUUGUGGAGAACCUCCCCCAGCUAACCUUUUAUCCUAGAUGCCUGUGUGUGCGGGAACCCCGCCUCAGGCAGGCUAACAUCCUCUCUUAGAUUCUGUUAAAAACUGCUUGCUUCUGUUAAAAACUUCCCCUACAACUUCCAAGCAAGACUCCUGGACCGAGGUCUCUGCCCUUAAAAAUUCCAUGUUCUGGAUACUUGGAGCCUUGCCUAGGACCCUGAACACUUGAGUGUGGUCUCUGCUGGCUGGAAUAAAGACUUUGAGUUGGCUAUAAACUGUUUGAAUGCUAAUCUCUGUUGGGCUACCCAUAACAAUACUUUAACAAGUGCUGCAGUUAUGGUUGUGAACAUUAACUUUUACUAAGCAAACUUUUACUCCCCAUUAAUUUUCCAACUGAAAUGUAUGCACUCUAUGAUGUACAUGCAGCAUUCAGAAAUGUAUCUUCCUAUGUUUAGAUAUUAAUGUAAUACCUUAGGUCCAAGCAAGCACUUUAUGGAUGCUGUGAAUGGAUAUCAGCCCACACUCUUUUUAUAGUUGGGAAACUCACUGUAAAUGAAAACAAAAUUAGAAAGCACUCUUUGAAUUAUUAUGAUCACUCACCUAGAUCAGAAAAAUGUCUCCUUGGUUCAAGAAAAGCCCUCUGUCUGUGCACACGUAGCCAAACUUGUUUUUUUAUUUCAAGGUUUGUUGACAUUCAGUGCUGUGACUGUGAACUUACUUCUUGCAGGAGAAAUUGGAAUGCCUCAACCCUGCUCACAGGGCUCUUUACAAAGAUCUCCUGUUGGCAAAGUCCAACAGUCUGGUUUCUGUGGGUCUCCCACUGCUCAGCCAGCCCUGCUCACCUGCGAAUCAGAACAAUGAGCCCUAGAUGGAGAAGAGAGAAGAGACAGUAGCAGAGGAUCCUGCUUUUUACUUUUGACACCUUGAUGUGAAAUGUCAAAAAGAGUUCCAGUCUUUGUUCCUAAGAACCUCAGAGAAGAGCAAGAGGAAGAAUGGAUGAUUCUCCUGUAGAUGCACCCCAGGGUCUGUUGACAUUCAGGAAUGUGGCUGUGGACUUUUCCCCAGAGGAGUGGGAAUGUCUGGACUCCUCUCAAAGAUCUCUGUAUAUGGAUGUAAUGUGGGAGAAUUACAACAAUCUAGUUUUUGUAGAGAACCAUUGCAUAUGUGGUAAAUAUGAGAAGGUCUUGGAUCAAGACUCAAAGCACAUUGUCCGUGAGGAUGUGAAUAUCCAAGAGAAGUCUUACAAAUGUUGUGAGCUUGGGAAAACGAUUCAUGAAUCCUCCCAGGGUAUACCUUAUAACACAAGUGAUACUACAGAAAACUUCAAGGAGUACAGAAAUGGUAACCACAGUGAUGCCUCUAUUGAAUCAUCAGACCCAAGGAGACAUAAAAGUGGGAACACUGCAGAAGAACAAUACAGAUAUAAAGAUUAUGGGGAGUGUUUAAAUUUGUGCCCCAUCAUUAGCCAAUAUCAGCAAAUCCACACUGGAAAGAAAGAAUACAAAAAUAGAGAAUAUGAUGAAUUUUUUGACUCUAAACAUAAACUAAAGAUGAAACAAAUCCACAGUGGAGAGAAACCAUACCAAUGCAGGAAAUGUGGAAAAUGUUUCAGAACCUAUUUGAGCCUCAGUAGACAUCACAGAAUUCAUCCUGGAGAGAAACACUAUAAAUUUACAGAAUGUAAUAAAUCUUUUCUGUAUUUGUCACACCACAAAGUACAUUACAACAUCCAUUAUGGAGAAAAACCCUACAAAUGUACAGAAUGUGGUAAGUGCUUUUAUCGUUCAUCGGGUUUUAAAAGACAUUACAGAAUCCACACUGGAGAGGAGACUUACAAAUGUAGUGAUUGUAGAAAACCCUUUACCUGCUGCUUAGGUCUUAGAAAACAUCAGAAUAUUAAUGGAGGAGAGAGGCCUUAUGAAUGUAAACAAUGUAGUAAGUCCUUCUAUACAUUGUCACACCUUGAGUACCAUUAUAGAACCCACAAUGGAAAGAAACUUUACAGAUGUAAUGAAUGUGGAAAAUCCCUCUCCACCUCCUCAGGUCUUCAAAGACAUCAACGAAUUCAUACAGGAGAGAAAGCUUACAUAUGUGGUGAAUGUGACAAAUGCUUUAUCCAGAAAUCUCAACUUAAAACACAUCAAAGAAUUCACACAGGAGAGAAAACUUACAAAUGUAGUGAAUGUGAGAAAUCCUUUACUGUUGGCUCAUCUCUUAGAAUACAUCAAAGAAUUCACACAGGAGAGAAACCUUACAAAUGCAGUGAAUGUCACAAAUGCUUUAUCCAGCAAGCCCACCUUAGAAGACAUCAAAAAACUCAUACAGGAGAGAAACCUUACAAAUGUAGUGAAUGUGAGAAAUCUUUUACUGUUGGCUCAGAUCUUAGAAUGCAUCAGAAAAUUCAUACUGGAGAAAAACCUUACAAAUGUAGUGAAUGUGACAAAUGUUUUAUCCAGAAAGCCAAACUUAAAAAACAUCAGCGAAUUCAUACAGGAGAGAAACCUUACAAAUGUAGUGAAUGUGACAAGUCCUUUACUGUUGGCUCAGAUCUUAGAACACAUCAGAAAAUUCAUACUGGAGAAAAACCUUACAAAUGCAGUGAGUGUGACAAAUGCUUUAUCCGGAAAGCCAACCUUAGAAGACACCAGAGAAUUCAUACAGGAGAGAAACCUUACAAAUGUAAUGAAUGUGAGAAAUGCUUUAUCCAGAAAGCCAAUCUUAGAACUCAUCAGAGAAUUCAUACAGGAGAAAAACCUUACAAAUGUAGCGAAUGUGGGAAAUCCUUUACCGUUGGCUCAGAUCUUAGGAAGCAUCAGAAAUGUCAUACUGGAGAAAAACCUUACAAAUGCAGUGAAUGUGACAAAUGUUUUAUCCGGAAAGCCCACCUUAGAAGACAUCAAAGAAUUCACACAGGAGAGAAACCUUACAAAUGCAGUGAAUGUGAGAAAUGCUUUAUCCAGAAAGCCAAUCUUAGAACACAUCAGAAAAUCCAUACAGGAGAGAAACCAUAUAAAUGUAGUUACUGUGAUAAAUGCUUUAUCCAGAAAGACCAUCUUAGAACACAUCAGAGACUUCAUACAGGUGAGAAACCUUACAAAUGCAGUGAAUGUGAGAAAUCUUUUACUGGUGGCUCAGUUCUUAGAAAACAUCAGAAAAUUCAUACUGGAAGAAAUCUUACCAAUGCAGUGAAUUUGACUAAUCCCUUAUCCAGGAAGCCCACCUUAGAACUCAUCAAAGAAUUGAUACAGGAGAGAACGCUUAUAAAUGCAAUGUAUAUGGCAAACUCUUUACCUGUCCCUCAGGUCUAAGAAAAUAUCAGAAAAUACAUUCUGAAGGCAAAAGUUUACAUAGUAAGUAAUACGGCAUAUGCUUUAUCAAAGCUCUGUCCUUAUGGACCACCACAGGAUCCACACUAGGGAAUCAUGUACAUGAGAAAUGUGUGAAAACCUUUGAGUAAUUUUUGAAUCUUAGAAAAAAAAAAUGUCCAGACUUUAUACUGAGGAAAAAUUCUGCAAAUGUGACAUUGUAGGAAAAUUUUCAUUAAGACGUUUUACCUUCUCACCUUCAAAUGCUUCAUAAUGAAUACAAAAUGAAGAAGCCUGAAGAAUGUGCUGUUGUGUAGCAAUUUUGUGGAGACAAGCAUUCCAUCCUGUAGGGAAGCUAAAUAAGACAGGAAAUAAACCACUCAAAAUAGCUUCCAGAACUGAAACUGUCAAGAUUCACUAUGCUUAAUUCCUUUGAAGAAACUUAUACCAGUCUUGCUGCUUAGAAGAGGCUUUGAUGAAUUGAGCCAUUAAAAUAUAUUGUCCUUUAACAUGUAGAUAUAUCUGCAGGUGUGUAGUAUGCUAUGGGUGUCCAGUGUUCAAAAGCUGUAUUUCAUGCUGACUUGGAGUUUCAUGAUGACAACUGUCUGUGAGUAACUUUUGCUCUUGUAAGCAACUCCAGUCUCGUAUUUAUAUAAGUAACCCCAAUAAAGCCCAGUGGUUCAACGAG